UCUUGAUCAGGAUACAAGCUUUAUUUGAUGACGAAUGGUGAACGGGCAUUGGAGGCAUUUCCAAUGCGUGAUUAUUCUAACACCUGCCUUUUCUACUUUCUUACCAAGAGGCAUGGAGCUUAUGGCAUUUAUCUACACCUAGAGCGCUUGUGCAACCACCAAAUCAUCAGCUCAACCUACACAUGACCUCUAAAAUUUGAAAAGACAAGUCGAGACAUACGAGUGACUUCUUGCUGAACGGUAAUUGGACAAGUCGUAUACAAUGCUGGAUGUUCUUCGUGUGAAGGUUUGUGGAAAACAUGUAUAGUAAGCUAUCAACGAUUUGCCCGACAAUACAGUCAGCAUCAGUUGCGGCGCUCCAUAAGGCUGAACUCAGUCAACAGCAUGUGAUGCUGAAAUCUCACACGAGAGCUGAGCUUUCAGAGAAUGCUGGAGCCUCGUUCUCAGUAUGGGUUGCGAAUGGGUGGGCAGGGCACGGAAAUCUAAGUAUAAAGGGCAGGUCAAUGAAGGGAGCAAAUCUCAUAUUCACAUAUCAUUCAUCAAUUUGCCAGAUACACAAGCACAGUUCUCAAUUUUAAUUCAUUCCUAGAUCGCAUAACUUGUGCAGGCUUGUCUUUCCAAGCUGCCAAAAUGGCGUCCACAUCUGGCCCAGUCAUUCUGCCUACAACGCUUGAGCCAGCCGACUUCAAUCUCAACUAUGUUAUGUACUGGAACAACGUUGCACUUGAUCUCAAUCGUAUCACGCACUCUAUCGCCGGACCAUACACAGGACCACCUUUGAGUGCUCGUGCACUUUCCAUUCUCCACCUUGCUAUCCACGACUGCUACUUCGCUAUUCAUCCUGAUAUGGCCAAGGGCUUCUCCACAUUCCUCGACCCCAAUAGCACUGAUCCUCUUUACCGACUUCCACCCGUCGGAAACGCGACGGAUGCCAGAAGUGCUGUUGCCGCUGCAUCAAUCAGAGUUCUUAAUAGAAUUUAUGCAACUCCAAACUCAACAAUUGCAACUGCAACUACGGAAACCAUUUCUCAAUUCAUUCAAGAUGCCACUGCGAAUUUUGCGGGCAUCGAGGCCAUCUCACCCAGCUACCUGUUCGGUGUUGCCGUAGCAAACGCCGUCCUAAAACUCCUCUACAUCAGCCCAGACGAUGAUUCCGUAAACCAAGGAUCAUACCGACCUGUCCCGGGCCAGUUCAAAUUCGACGGAGACCCAUCCAACCCAGUCCGUAUAUUCCCAGUCAACCCCAAUGAUCCCAACGGUCCAACAAAAGCCGUGGCAGUGUUCCAUCUGCCCUAUUAUGGUAUCCUCGCCAAGCGAGUUGCAGUACAAAUGAACAUCAAAGGCCAGCCAACCGAGCACAUUCUUGCAGACCCCCCAAACAACAUCAAGCGUCCUCAAGAUCUCCCAGAGUGGGAAGACUCUCUGAAAGACAUUAUCCGCAUGGGAGGCCCGCCGGACAGCAGCGCAACAAAGCGUCGCCCUGAUCAACGUGCAGGGGCAAUAUUCUGGGCUUACGACGGAUCCAACUUGCUUGGAACUCCACCUCGUUUCUACAACCAGAUCCUGCGCCGCAUCGCCAUUCAAAAGAUGCCUGAUAACCCUACCUCCGAGAGAACCAACGCCGAUUUCGCUCGCUUGUUUGCACUCGUCAAUGCCUCCAUGGCCGAUGCAGGGAUCCUAGCAUGGAAGACUAAAUGGUUCUACGAGUACUGGCGUCCCGAGACAGGAGUUCGCGAGACUGAAAGUUCAUUGGCAGAUCCCUUCUUCCUCUCUCUUGGAGCGCCAGAUACGAACAGCAACCGCAUCUCUUUCAAACCUCCCUUCCCGGCAUACCCAUCUGGCCACGCCACGUUCGGCGGUGCUGUCUUUCAAAUGAUGCGUCUCUACUACAGGCAGAGAGAUGGAUUGAUGUUCGAUGAUAACGCUCCUGAUACCAUCGCAUUCCAGAUGACUUCUGAUGAAUUGAACGGAAUCAAUCGCGAUCUUCGCGAACCAUAUGACCGUGCCAAGCCGAUUCAAGAACAACAAGGCAUUGUACGCACGUUGCGUCCACGUACUUUCAGCAGCCUUUGGCAUGCCAUAUUCGAGAAUGGAGUCAGUCGAGUCUGGCUUGGCGUUCACUGGCGAUCCGAUGCCUUUGCCGCCAAGGAUGUGCUUGUGCCUUCUUCCGAUCCGGAAAAAGAUUUGUAUGCUACAAAUGCAGAUGGAACAACUGCAUAUAUCCCGGUGGAUCAGAUCCGUUACCAGACUUUGGGUACCAGAGAUGAUAGACCAGGGCAGCUGUUCCCGAUUGGAGGAGUGCCGUUGGGAAUACAAAUUGCUGAAGAUAUCUUCUAUUCUGGAUUGAAGCCAACACCUGCUGCAGAACAGCCAGCCGCGACUGUGUAAGUUGCGUGAUGGACAUUGUUGGGAAUUCCUUUUGUAUUACUUAUCCUGUCGUCGCAACGUGCUCUAGUAUGGUCACUGUUUGUUUUCUGUUUUUCUUGGCAAGUUUGUCUUUAAGCGAGCUAAAUAGAGAAUAAUUGUUUCGCGUGUCGCUCAGUCUCGCAAUCUCAUUGUGCUGAACAUUUCUUUCACUUACCACUCAGCGAUUCUGUUAAUAUCCUCCCAUGUCUUGACAACGGAACAUGUCCC